AUGGCUCUCAGAGUUAUUGCAUUGUCUUCCCUUGUCUUUCUUCUCUCGCUCAUCAGCUUCGCUGCAAUGGCUACAUCUGCGAAGUGUGCGUACGUUGUACGAGUGAAGACGGGAGAUGUCCAAGAUGCAUCAACAGACUCCAACAUCAGCCUCAAGUUAAACACAUCUUCCGGCAAUGGAUUUUCCGUCGACUACCUCGAAGAUUGGGGCAUAAUGGAACCCGGUCACAACUACUUCGAGCAGGGCAAACUCGACGUCUUCAGCGGCACCGGCCCUUGCCUCGAUCUUUGCGCCAUCACUGUCGUCUCCGAUGGGAGAGGGACAUACCCAGGGUGGUACUCGGAUUACGUGGAGAUCGACGUCGUAGGAUGUUACAAAUCUACCAAGGUAGCCUUCCCGCUGAACCAGUGGCUGGAUCCGACCGCAGGCUAUAAUCUCUAUGCCAAAGUCAACUUAUGCUCCAAUUUCUUUCGUUUGAGGCCCAUUCUCUCUUUUGUGUAA